AGAGAUGAGAGGGACAAAAGCUCUGCUGCAGAACACACCUCAUCUCCAUUUUAGCUGGAGGGGGAGAGAGAGAGAGAGAGAGAGAGAGAGAGAGAGAGAGAGAGAGAGUCGGUCUGUGCCAAUUUGCUCUUCAGCUCCAGUGACAGAGAGGAGAGUGCUAGGGAAGUGAUAUUUCAGGAAUCUUAAGAGACCCACAAACGUGUGACUGAGAGGAAGAAGGCGAGACACAUCCAGACACGUGAAGCAUCUGCAAGGAAAGACUGACAAGCGAGGGGGAAGACAGGAAGAAACGACAGGAAGAGAUGUAGCUGGUGCUUCUGUUGCGUGAGCCGCCACGCUGCGAGCCAUGAGUCCUCCACCUGUGUCCAGGAAAUGAAAUUGAUGGUGUGACAACAACGUCUGUGAUCGAGCUACCAGCCCCUGUUGUGCUACAGCAAUCAAAGUUACAUAUAGAAACACGCUGACACUCGACCAUCUGGCUUAGCUUUUACAUACACACUGACACAUACAUUUCUCGUCCGAAUGAUUCAUCCCACAUUGUCUUAAUCGGCUCCUGUGACCUGUGAGGAUUAUGAGGCCUGCUUUAGUGUUUCUACAGACAUGCGUGUUUGUUGGGGUAUGUGUGCCCGGUGUAGUGGGCUCGCUGCCUCACGCACUACCAUGGCAUGUCUCCUGCCCCUCACGGUGUGUGUGUCAGAUCAAGCCAUGGUUCUCCCCUGAUUCUGUGUACCAUGAAGCUCCCACUGUGGACUGCAACGACCUCCUGUUGACCAAGCUCCCUUUACCAAUACCCACAAACACGCACACCCUGCGCCUACAGAGUAACCUUCUCUCUGAGCUCGACACUGUAGUGCUGCACAGGCUCCCCAACCUCACCGACCUUGACCUUUCCCAGAAUCGCUUCAGCCACGUCAGAACGAUAACUCAGAGCUCCUCCCUGCCCUCUCUGCUGUCUCUGCACCUGGAGGAAAAUCAACUCAGUCGCCUCCCCGAUGCCGCCUUCUCCUCGUUGCCAAUUUUGCAGGAGCUCUUUCUCAGCCACAACAACUUACACUCAAUAGCACCCGGAGCCUUCACCGGUCUGAACUCCCUACUGCGUCUGCAUAUCAACAACAACAGACUCACCACUGUUGACCCCCGGUGGUUCAGGGCUUUGCCUCGUUUGGAAGUUCUCAUGCUUGGAGGAAACCCUGUGGAGGCCCUGCCUGAGCGUGGCUUUCUGGCCCUGAAAUCCCUCCGGAGUCUUGUCCUUGGUGGUAUGGGUCUGAGAAGCUUGGCUGAAAAAGCGCUGGAAGGACUGGAGGGCCUGGAGAGCCUCUCCUUCUAUGAUAACCUGCUGACAAAGGUCCCCACUCAGGCCCUGAGUAGAGUACCAGGGCUGAAGUUCCUCGACCUCAACAAGAACCGCAUCAAACUGAUCGAGACAGGAGACUUCCGAGACAUGAUCCACCUGAAGGAGCUCGGCCUGAACAACAUGGAGGAGCUGGUGUCCAUUGAGAAAGCUGCCCUGGAGAACCUUCCAGAGCUCACCAAGCUUGAGAUCACCAACAACCCGCGACUGUCCUACAUCCACCCGCAGGCUUUCCUCCAGCUGAGCAGGCUGGAGAGUCUAAUGCUCAACUCCAACUCGCUGAGUGCUCUGCACCAGCACAUCAUGCUCUCCCUGCCGAGCCUUCAGGAGGUCAGCUUACACUCCAACCCACUGCGAUGCGACUGCCUGUUUCACUGGGCUGCCGAGGAGGCCUCUCACCUUCACUUCGAAGACACGCAGACAGACACCAGAACAGCUCGGAAGGUGCGUUUCAUCCAACCCCAGGCCACGCUGUGCUCUGAACCCCCAGAACUGAGAGCUCGCAGGGUGAGAGAGGUGUCCUCCAGGGAGAUGUCAGCCUCAUGCCUCCCAAUGAUCCCUACCAGUUCACUCCCCUCCUAUGUUGGGGUAAGAGAAGGAGGAAAACUGAUCUUGCACUGCCGAGCUCUUGCAGAUCCGCAGCCUGAACUGUACUGGGUGACUCCGACUGGGCUGAGACUUGGUCCUGCACCGAGCCAUGCAUCCGAAGGUUUACCAGCUCCUGCACCCUGCCACAGCCCGACAGCCUCAGAGGGAUUCAACCACACAUCUGCCUCCAGCGUCUCUCCCAGCCAGGCUCAAGAUAAUACUCCCUGUAACCCUCACAAACACUAUCGUCUACUGCCUGAGGGCACUCUGGAGAUGAACAAGGUCACCACCAGCGAGGCAGGGUUAUAUACCUGUGUAGCUGAGAAUGCGCUGGGAGCAGAUACACGUAGUGUUACUGUGGGUGUGCAUAGCAGACAAAAGAAAAGAAAGAGGGGGGUGGCUGCUGACAUAAAGGGGUAUACAUUAUUCAGAAAGGAUGCCACCUUGGAGGUGCGGGAGGUCGGGCAACACUAUGCUAUCCUGUCAUGGCAGAACGGGCGCAACCUGCCAUCAACUCGUCUAUCCUGGCAAGCCAUAUACUCAAACGCACACACGCCCACAUAUACCACACGCAUCCUGGCUGGAACACAGAGCUUCAACCUGACCCACCUGCAGGCGGAGACAUUUUACCGAGUGUGUCUACAUUUAGGGAUCAGUGAGGGUGCUAAGCAUGCCAGCAGGAGAUCAAGAGAGACCAGAAAGACUCAGUGUGUUUCAUUCAAGACAAAUGAUGUCCCGGAUCCUCAGCCCAGCCUGCAACUGAGCCCAGAGCUGACCUCCACCGCGAUCACACUUCUGCUCCUGGCACUCAUAUUGCUGCUGUUGGCAAGCCAGGGUUGGGACACUGAACCCAGCAAGGAAGCAGGAAAACACGACUGCACCCACCACCAGGAAAUCAAAAGUCCCAAGGCUCUGAUCAUCAAUCAAAUGACAGAAAGGAACAACGAACAUCAGCCGAAGCAGAGUGAGAAACUGCUAUCACAUCAGGACUGCUGAGAUAAUUAGUUUGUGUACAUCAGAAAAAUCCAGAAAAAAACACUGACACAACACAAACACACACACUCACACACACACAUGUCGAAUAUAUACUUUGUGAAUCACAGCUAGAAGAGAGGAGUGAUAGAUCGGAGCAGCAGUGUAGAAAGAGAUUUGUAUUUAUUUUAUAUACCGUAUAAAGUAUAUUGACAUUGUUUCCGUGUUAAGAUGUAUUGUAAAGAAUGCCUAAACCCUAACCAGGGAAAUAAAACUGGACAAUCAUGCUCCUGCAGCACAGUGGGUGAACACAGGAGAAGCAAAUGAGUCUGACCUGCCGAUGACCGCUGGACUGAAACUAAAGAGAACCAGAUUCAGUCCAGGGACUGAUAUUUACAGAAGAGAGCAGCUCAGACCCCCAGGGUAUUUGUCAUGUUCCUCUCUACGUGUUCCACAGACUGAACCAUAUUUUCUCCAAGCAGCUGAAUCUCUGAGACUGAUGCUGAAUGAAAACUCCUGCAUUGAUGUAAACAACCUUUUUUUGCUUAGCUUUCAGUACCUUGGACUGGGUUGUCCAUCUUGCAGUACAUAUAGUUUUACUCAUCCAGAUCCCCUGCCUAACACCCUCUUUCAGUAUAAAAGUGAUCUAAAAGUGAUUGUGUUAAAUUCUAUUUUGAACUAUUAUACAAUAAAAAAUCUUUUUAAUUUACACA